AUGCCCAAAGAAUUUACUAUUGCUGUUUGUGGUUCGGCUCGUGUUGGCAAAAGUACACUUGUUAAUGCUCUUUGUGGAAAACAAAGAAAUGAUAUAUUAGCCAAUGAUAAUGCAAGUUCAAUGGAAUAUUCUAUUACAAUCUAUGAUACUCCAGGUAUUGAAUCGUGGACUGAACAGCAUGUUCAAUCUUAUUUUUCAAAAAUCAUGGAACAAAGUAAACCACUAUGCAUGAUUUAUUGUGCAUCACCUGGAUCAUUUGCUCGACUUGAUCAACUACAAUGGCUUAUUGAUAAUUGCAUUAAAUCGAACAUCUUUUGUGCUUUUGUUUGUACUAACAAAUAUUCAGGAGGAACUGAAAGACGUGCACAAGUUUUAAAAGAUUUUCAUUCACUUCUCACUGGUUAUCAUGGUAUGACACGAGAUGAAGGUAAUAUUAAGUAUUAUGGUAAUGUUGCUUUAUGCACUGCAGUAAACAGUAUUGUUUAUGAAGAUAGAGAAUUUGGCGUGAGAAAAGAAGUUGAAGGUAUAAAUGAACUCAUUUUUGGAAUUUUAACUUCAUUAAAAGACGAUAAAAUCGUUGGAUGGUGUUAUACUGUUGCUGAUAAUCAAUCAUUUUGGGUAACUAUGCAAUCGCAGCUGAUCAAAUUCUUUGAAAUAUCACAACAGGCUGUAACGAAAUUUUUUAAUGAACGUGGCAAAGAUAUUGUGGAAAGUGUAAUACCACUUAUUCUAUCUGUACUCAAGCGCUAG